ACGAGGUGGAGGAGGAAGGCAGGUGGCGCCCGAGGGGGGGACCGGGGGGGACACGAGCGAGGGAAAGGGUGACUGGCAGACCCGGCUGUGGCGAUCCGAAGUCGCGGAUUCGGCACGUCGCGGUUUACCGAUCGUAAUAUGGCGUACAAGUUUCGCGAGGAGAUCGUGGGAAAGAGGUUUCUCUCGGUGAGUGGUUUCACCAAGCCGAAGGUGAAUAAGAUUAGUGAGUGGGGUUGGCGUGCGGGGGUGAUACGUGCUGCCAGUCACAGGGAUAAUGGCUGUCAUGAUCUUCAGAUCCUCGUAGAAUACGACGACGUGGAGUGGCAAAGGAGGGAGUGGCUGUCGCCGCACAGGGAUGCCGUGUUCUCCUUCUUUCUCAUCGAACGAGGUCUCUACUGGGCCGAACGACCUGACCCCAGACACGCCAGCAGUCUCAUCCCCAUCGAUCAUCACAAUCACGCGAACAAUAACCACCAUCAGCAUCGCAUUAACGGGAAACCGCUCAGGAGCGCCACGACGGUCGCCGACACCGUCGCUUGGCCGGCUCUCACUUUCUAUCCUCUCGUGGCACGCGCCGAGUUGCACGAGGACGCCAUGCCGAUCGAGUUUAUGCAGGACCGCAAGCUGGACUUCGUCGAUUACUCGAAGCUGAAACCGUUCACCCAGGACUGGGAGCUGACUAAGGGCGCGAUGCCCUGGGGAAACGCCGUGAGGAGAUGGGCCGAGAUGCAGGACGGCCAGAGAAUCCUGCUGACUACGCCCAGCGUCCUGGUCGGUUUCAGGGUCGAAGUUUAUCGGGCGGAAGGCACCACGCAAUGGUACACAGCCGUGAUCGUCGGUUACAACGAGUCCACCAAGGACUUGACUGUCACCGACGACACCGUCCUCGAAGAUCACAACGAGGAUCCCACCUUAGUACAAAUGCGGCUUAUCGGCGAUGGAGUCGUCGAGAGCAUCAUGAGGGGCGAGGUCGUCGGCAUGACACCGAGGAGGUCGAGGUCAUCGACUGCUCUGACGCACGCGCUGGUUGUGCCCCGACCCGGAAGGAGGCCACGAAGACGGCCGGGCAACGCGACGCAGUUGCAGACAACUCCGAGGGUGCAGAGCCCGAUAGCGCAGCAGCUCGAGAAAGAGAAGAACAACGCACGUAACAAUCGACGUAGACGCGUGAGCGAGGGUGCCAGUCGCGAGAGAACCGACAAGGAUCCCGAGGCGGCGUUACCCGCGCGACAGCAAGAGGACCGUGAGAACAAGGGCCCGCCGUCGGGUAGAGUCGGCAAUCGCGUAGCGCGAGCGGUGCUCGAGGAGGCGAACAGCGCGUCGGGGAGCGCUUCAAAGUUACGAAGACGGGGGGGCACCGCGGUGAAGAGCCCGACCCACGGUCCGGCGGCGCAACAGCAAAGACCAGCGCGAAGAAGACCAAGGCCAGCAAGCGGCCAGGAGGUCAAGACAGACGCGGAAGAGCCCGUCGAGCAUCAUCAGCAUCAGCGUAGCGGUGCCACGAGAGCCGCCACCGCUGCUGCCGCCGCCGCCGCCGCCGCCGCCGCUGCUGCCGCCGCCGCCACCGCCGCCGCCGCCGCUGCUGCUGCCGCUACUACCACCACCGUCGACAAGGACGAGCGUCUUGGUAACAGGUCGGAGGAAGAAGAGGACGACGAGGAGGAGGAAGAGGAGGAGGAGGAGGAGGAGGAGGAAGACGAAGAACGUCUCGAGGGAGAGGAUGAGGAGAGCCAGGAACGCUGCGAUCCACUGACUAAGCGGCUAAGAACAAGCCCUGUCGGCAGAAAGCUUCGCUCCGAGAGUAGUAAGGGCAAAAACGCCGAGGAAGCCCCACCGGAUCGAGCCGGAGAGGUAGUGCUGGAGACUGAGGAGGAGGAGCAAGACGACGAGGACGACGACGAGGACGACGACGACGACGACGACGACGACGAAGCCGAGGAGGAAGCGGGGGAGGAAAAACACGACGGGACCGAGCGAGAGGUCGACAAACUCGAGGAGGACGAAGAAAGUCAAUCGAGAGAGAGGGACAGAGAACCCGAGCCACCACCUCCGGACAAAGUAGAUCCCGGAGGCGACCCAGCUUCGAAGGAGCAACAAGGUAGCGGUUCGGAAUUGAAAAAAGACGCUCGCACGACCGAUCGGGAGGCUAACGAGAGCGAACGAAGUGAACAACAGAAGCAGCAGCAACCACCACAACAACAACAACAACAACAACAGCAGCAGCAGCAGCAGCAGCAACAACAGCAACCGCAGUUACUCGUGAAUGGCUUGCACGUCGACUCGCCGGCAGUCAACGACAAGACGACUGUCAUCCGCGAAGGUAGUCCAUCGUUGUUGAAAGCGACCGUCCGCUCCAAGACAAAAGGGCUCGCGAGUGCGGAGCAAGAGGAGGAAGAGCGCGACGAGAACGACGAGGAGGAGGAAGUGGGCUCGCAGCGGUCGCGCCGAACGGAGCUGACCACCACCGAGUUAGGCACGGAGGAUAGCGUGGGUAGCGUCGGCGGCGUGAGGGCGGCCAGCGUCGAAUCGGUGGUCGAGCUGCUGGAGUCGAGCAGUCAGGACUCAGGCUCCGUGCUGGAGAGGCUGAGUCCGCUUAGUAGCAGCGGCGGCGGCGGCCCUGGCAGGCAGAGCCUGCUCCUGGAGCAACAGCGGGAGCAGGAGCGCAAUCGGCACAACGAAAGUCCGGUUAUCCUAGCCGAGAGACUGAACAAGCCGCCACCGCCGAUCGCCACUCACCAUCACCACCACCACCACCACCACCUGCAACAGUACCAUCAGUCGCAUCACCAGCAACAGCAACAGCAGCAGCAGCAGCAACAACAACAACAACAACAACAGGCACAAGCACAGUCGUACCAACACCACCACCAUCACCAACAACAGCAACAGCAACUGCACCAACAACGCUACUCCGCCGGCAGUCCGGUGAUCCAUCAUCAUCACCAGCAGCAACCGCCGCAACAACCACCGCCGCCGCCGCCGCAGCAGCAGCAGCAGCAACAGCAGCAUCACCACCACCAUCAUCAGCUAGCGAGCAGCCCGCACCAACACCAACACCAUCACCAUCCCCACCUGACCCCGUCGAGCCUCCUCGAGGUGCAACAGCAGUCUCACACAUCGAGGGGCGGCGAUGAGGCCGGCCUCAUGGAGGUGGAGGCCGGGGCCGGUAUACCUGGAACGGCGGGUGUCCUCGCCAGUGUGCCAUCGGUGGUCGGCGGUAUACGGACCACGUUGGGUGGCAGCGGCGUCGCCGGUGCCUACGGCGACACCGGCUCCGACAGCGGGGUAAGCUCCCUGAGGAGCGCAGGCUCGGGCGACGAGAGGAGCGGCAGCAGGAGCUCCGCGCUCAGCGUCGAGGAGACGACCUCGUCCUCGGCACCGGCGGCGGUCGUCGCAGCCGCCGCCGCCGCCGCCGCCGCCACGCCUGCCAGGGUCUGGCACGUGCAGAGCGUGCAGCACACGUCGCUCCUGAUGGCGCAUCCGUCCCAAGGUGCGCCUAACCCAGCCGCGAGCGCCGCGCCGACCGCGCCGCCGGUCGGCUACCAGAGCUCGGCGCCGCCGCCGCCGCCGCCGCCGGGUCACCACGUCUCGUCGGAGAUGCUGUGGAGAUCGUCCAGGUAUCCGCCGCUGUCGCACGCCCUCUUGGGGCCGCAACCGCCCAGCCCGGAGGAAUUGCUGGAGAGGGACCGUCACGAGAGGAUGCUCCGGGAACGCCGCGAGGCGGAAGUGCGCGAGCUGGAGAAGCGCGAGCGAGAGGCGAAGAUGGAACGUGAGAGGCUCGAGAAGCAGAGGGCGGCCGAGCAAGCGGUUCACAAGCACUUCGAGGAGUCGCUCAGGCUGGCACAACAGAAGAUAUCUUAUGCCCCGCAGAGGAGCUCUCUAUCAUGGAACACCUUCAUUCCCAUGCCGCCCGCCGGCAGGAGCCACGGGGCGCCGCACUCGGGAAUGACCACUUCGCACACAGGUCACCACCAUUCGGGCGGCCCGGGUGCGGCCGCGUCUGCCGCGGCAGUCGCUCACCCUGUGACCGUGGCUCAGCAGCAGCAGCAACAACGGGAGCGCGGACGGGAACGAGAACGGGAACGCGACCAACGCGAGUGGGAGCGCUUCCCAGAGCGCGAACGGGAGAAUGAGCAAAUGGCAGCAGCCAUGAGGCUGCACCUCCGCCAGUCGGACACCAGGGAUCACAUCGCCGCGCAGCAGGGGGCCGCUUAUUUCGCGGCCACGGCCCCGCCGUCUCAACAGGCAUCUCGACCGUCGAGCGUGCCCGGGAAAGUCGACUAUCACCCACCACCGGCGCACUCGCGGACGUCGAAGACGUCGUUACCCUCGGUCAGCACCUUGCACGACAAGCCGCCGCCAGUGGUCGGGCCGUCGCACAGCUCGUUACCGAAAGUUGAGCCGAACAUGAACCUGUUCGGCACUUACACUUCGUACGCGCCAAACUACAUACACGACGUGAAAAUGAAGAGCGACCUGGGCCAAGCGCACAAGUCGCUGCCGGGCAAGAGUGGACUGGCCGGCGGCCUCGAGAGGGACCACCACGGCAGAGAGGUGCUGCAGAAUCCGCCGUCUCUGCUGCCAGACCACAAGAGCAGCAGCUCGGUGAUCGUGAAAAACGAGGGACGGGAGCCGAAAGCACCGACGCCGCAGCAGCAGCAGCAGCAGCAGCACUCAUCCAGUCCGAAGAUAAUGUCUUACCUGAACGUCCAGUCGGUGGUACCGCAGCACAAGGCGGCCGCGUACGAGUACAGGAGUCCGACGCAGAGUCCGCACCAUCUUCACCACCUGGACGGCCUGCAGGCGGCGGCGAAGAGCAUACCGCCGCCACCGGCGAGUCAUCACCGUGGCGCUGUGCCGACGACAACGACGCAACUGCCGAGUCCGCACGGCCACCCGCCGCCACCGCCGCCAGCGCCUGCGCCGCACUCGCACAACCGUCAAUCUCCGCACACCCAACACCCGCACGUUCAACCGCCGACGCCGCUAUUGCCGCCGCAUCCUUCGCCGCCAGAGCCGCGCUACCUGAACAGGUCGGAGCAACAGGGUAUACCGUCGUAUGCUCCGGCAAAGUCCGCGUAUCCGUAUCCUCAUCCGCAUCCGCCCACGGCCUCGCCGACGUCGCACUAUGCCGCGCCGACGACCGGCUCCAAGCCGAAGGUCAGCAGCCCGGCACCGCAGCAUUUCUACGGCAAACCCAACUCCGGCAUCAUGACCGGCACGCCGGUGUGCCGUGCGUCUGAGCCGGCGGUCGCCGCGCCGAUACCGUUGACCUCGAAGGCUGGCAGCUCGCCUUACCAGCAAGUGCCUCACCAUGGGGCGCCACACCUGCCGCCACCUGCGCACAGCAGAUCCGUCUACGACGGCCGGGGUGCGUACACCGGCUCGAUGCCGGCCGGAAAACUGCCGCCGCCGUUGCACGGUUCACCGCCUACGGCCGCCUCGGCGCCUCUCUCGAGGCCGAUCGUUCAUCCCGUUCACCGCACCAUCAGCCCGCAUCAGCAGCCCGGCCAGACGAUGCAGCAUGUGCAGCCACAGAUCAACACGGCCUUCCAAACGCAACCGCUCGACCUCGGGGUGGAGAGGUCGGGCUCGCCCAAGAGGAAAGCGCCGACGCCGUUGUUGUGUGACAACAACGCCGGUCAACCGGUGGCUCUGGAGGUAUCCAAGAAACGUCGUACGGAGGAACCGCAGCCACAGCCGUUAUCGUUGCAAUGCGUCGGACCACCUAUGCUUUCCAGGGUGAGCGAGCCCAGUCCGCUCAUCGCCUCAGCCGCCACGUCCAUCACCACAGUCGUCAAUACCGCGGCGUUGCUCGCCCAGCCGAACAGUCAAGCGCAAGAGCGCACGGUCACGGCGGUGAGCCCAGCGCCGAGAACUUCCAGCGGUGACGGCUCGGUACGGCCCGCCAGUACUGGCAGUGUGUGCUCGCUCAACCCCACGCCAGUGAGCGCGGUACCCAGUCCGGCACCUAUACCAAGUCCUGCGCCCUCUACCGCACCCAGUCCAGCACCUAGCGCGCCUGGCACACCCGCCAAAGUCAACAACAUCACCACCAGUACCGCGGAUAGCGAGAAAUCCAACAGCCCGGCACCGAGACCACCCAGCAGCACCAGUUACCCGGUGCACAAGCUGAAGAAGGCGUGGUUGCAAAGGCAUUCUGGCGAGGACGGCACGGAGGACACCACUGGCAUCGUCGGCAGCGGUUCCUGCGUUACAUUACCUUUGAACAUUUCCCAGGUGCCAUCGCAACCGUUGAACAAUAAGGAACACCGCGAGAGCAGCAGCGGCGGCGGCGGCAGCGGUGGCGGUGGUGGUGGUGGUGGUGGUAGUGGUGGUGGUGGUGCUAGUGGUGGUGGUGGUGGCGGCGGCGGCGCUUCCUCCAACACGACCAACAAUGCGCCGACGAGCACCUGUCUGCCCAGCGCGGUAAACUCGAUUCACAAUAUCGGCAGUAUGGCGGUCAACAGCAUCAACAAGAGCAAGGUAACCGGCAAGAGCGGCCGGAAACCGACGAACAAGGAAUCCCUCAAUGGCCAUGCCACAGAUACCACCAAGACCCCCCAGGAGGACUCGUCCAGCAGCGACCCGGAGAGGAAGUCGCCGCCCAAGCGAAAGCCACCCAAGGUAAAACGAAAGAAGGGCGCCGCACGGAGGCAACAAACAGCCGCGGAAGAUCAGCGGAGGCGGAAAGAAGACAAGCAAAGUGGCGUAGCUGGUGCAGGUAGCGAGUCCAGCAAUGAGAGCGAAGCAGGCUCUGCCAGUGACACCAGCGAGCAGCUGAGCUCUAUUCAACCUACAUCGAGGGUGCGACACACCACGGCUAAUUCCAACAAUUCCUCGGGAAACGGAAGUAACAAAGAACCUCGGAAACGCGGUAGAAGACCAAAGACUACGAAGGGUAACGAAGUUGGAGGAGAAGACCAGCAGCCUCGUCAGAAGAAGGAACGCAGGGACGACAGUGCGAGCGGCGGCAACAACGGUCCAGGCGGGAGCGGCGGCAGAGGCGAUCCCUUUCGCAAACCACCGAUAUCACAACUGAAGAAAACCGGCGAGAGCUGGCUGCAGGACGGCGCCUGCUUCGAGGUGGCGCCCAAGUUGGCGAAGUGCCGCGAGUGCCGAUGGACGCCGCACCAGCGCUCUAAGAAUUUACCGCAGAAUAUCUUCUGCAGAUUCUACGCGUUUCGCCGACUGCGCUACACCAAAAACGGACAACUGGCCAUAGCGGGAUUCAGCGACCCACACAAGGAUGCAUCCGAGGAAGAUCUUCGAUUAUGGUUACCAGGAAAGGAUAACCAGGAGUCAGCGGGGAAAGACGAAAAAUCUGAGAAAAACGAGAAAGACAAGGCAGAUCGGGAAGACUUAGACUUGGAGACGGCUCAUCGGCUUCUUCGGCAGGUUGGCGAUCAAUUCUGUGAUCUUUUGCACCAGGAGAAAAACGCCCUGCAAGAACACAUGGCUGAAGCGAGUUCGGCGGUUGUAGACGGAACGGUAGCGUGGAAACGAGUGAUCCAAGGUGUCCGAGAAAUGUGCGACGUAUGUGAGACCACGCUGUUCAACUAUCAUUGGGCUUGCGCCAAAUGUGGCUUCGUCGUCUGCAUCGAUUGUUACAAGGGACGCAAGAAUGGGACGAUCAAGAUCUGGGGCGACGGCGGCAAAGACCGGGACGAUUUCUCGUGGCUUCUGUGCACAAACAGACAGGCUCACGAACCGGAGCGGCUCAUGCUCACGCAGAUCAUCGCCGGCGACAGUCUGCUGCGACUCGGCCAACGUUUGCACGAAUGCCGCGCGGAAUGGGGAAUCGCGCAGCACUGCGCUUGCUCGCUCGCGACACCCUCGCAGCCGAACGAGAUCCUGCGCAACCUGAUCAAGGGCGACUCCGUGCCGGUGCUCAACGGAAACGUCAAGCAGGAGGUGAGGGAGGAGAAGAAGCUGAACGAGUCUAACGGCGCGUCGUCGGAGAGCAAGACCAACGGCGAAGACAAAAACUCGCCGCUGAACUGGCUGGCUGACGUGGCGCUGCAGAAUCAGGACAAGAACGAGAGCGGCUCGAGCUCGGACUCGGACGAAGAUCGCGAGGAGGGCUUCUCGACGCUGCGGGAGCUGCUCGUCGGAUCGUCGCACAAGUCAAACGGCAACGGCUCCAGAUCGAACUCGCCCACGAACAACGCGAGCGGCGUGAAUGCCACCGCCGGCAACAACGUCGCCAAGUCCGGCAAGAAGUCGAAGAUGGACACGUUGGACGAGGUGAUAUCCAGCGUGAUCGAGCACAGCGUGAAGAAAGAACGGGAUAGCGGUCUAGACGACGAGAAGCCGCGCGAGUUGAAGCACUUCGUGCGACGUUAUAAGUGGACGCAACGAGGCCGCGAGCCGUUGCCCAUCAGGAUUAUGACUCUGACUGAGAGCAAGAGCCUGUACCCGGACGUACCGCACUCGUGGCUCUGCGACGGCAAGCUGCUGAGGCUAAACGACCCGAACAAUCCCAACAACUAUCGGAUAUUCCAGGACCAGUGGAAGCGCGGUCAACCCGUGAUCGUCUCGGACGUUUCCAAGGCGUUGGACAUGAAUCUGUGGCACCCGGAUUCGUUCGCGCGCGACUUUGGCGACGAGAAGAACGAUCUCAUCAACUGCAUGACGGGCAACUUGGUGCCGAAUCAGCCGAUGCGUAAAUUCUGGGAAGGCUUUGAACACUUCUCCAAACGGCUCAAGGACGAGCGGGGUAAUCCUAUGCUGCUGAAGCUGAAAGACUGGCCGCCCGGCGAGGACUUCGCCGAGCUGCUCCCGUCGAGAUUCACGGACCUGAUGAAGGUCCUACCGUUGUCCGAGUAUACCCACAGAAACGGCAGACUGAAUCUAGCGAGCCGUCUACCCAAUUGCUUUGUGAGACCGGACUUGGGACCGAAGAUGUACAACGCCUACGGCUCUGCGCUUCAUCCCAACAAAGGCACGACCAAUCUCCAUUUGGAUAUCUCGGACGCCGUCAACGUCAUGGUAUACGUGGGUAUCCCGAAGGACGCCGACAGCGACGAACACAUCAAAGAGGCGUUGAGAGCGAUAGACGAAGCAGGCUGUGAUAUUCUGACGCGUCGUCGCGUUCGCGACCGUGGCGAGGCACCUGGCGCGUUGUGGCACAUUUACGCAGCGCGCGACGCCGACAAGAUCCGAGACCUUCUAAACGCCGUGGCUUUGGAACGCGGCGCUCGGUUGGAACCGCAUCAUGACCCCAUCCACGACCAGAGCUGUUACCUCGACGGGCCGUUGCGGGAACGAUUGUAUCGAGAAUAUGGUGUCGAAGGGUACGCCAUUGUCCAAUGUCUCGGUGACGCGGUAUUCGUGCCGGCUGGCGCGCCGCAUCAAGUCCGUAAUCUUCACAAUUGCAUCAAGGUGGCCGAAGACUUCGUGUCGCCGGAGAAUGUCUCGCAUUGCUUCCACCUGACUCAGGAAUUCCGCGCGCUAUCCGACACGCACACCAAUCACGAGGACAAGCUGCAGAUCAAGAACAUCAUCUAUCAUGCGGUGAAGGACUCGCUGACCGUCUUGGCGAACGUCAAGGAAGAGACACUCGCGAAGCUCAACGAGACGAAGACGAAAGAGGAAACGUAGCCCUAGGCCCCCGCAAUACGGUAAAAGCCGUGGAUGAUCUUUGGAACGAAUUUCGUCGUAGUCACGGCGAAACUGACCCCGUUGCCGACUUCCUCGGCACUCCCGAACAGCGGAGAAUCUUGCUGGCAAGAAUAACCGGGAGAAAACUGCAGAAGACGACCUCCUUCCCCUCCGCGAAGAAAUCAUCUCGCGGAGGGGUACGUCGCUGAGGUAAAGAAUUUGUUGUGAUAUUUGACCAGGAAUCGUUUUGGAAAAAAACAUUAUAAUUUGCGAUAUCUCGCCUGAGCCAGUAUUUGGUUUUUCUUUUAUUUUUUUUUUUU